GCGGAGCUGAGCAGGGUGAGCAGCGGCUCAGGAAGCAGCUCAGAGUUGGACCGAGCACCGUAACCUGCAGCUCUCUCCUGCUCAACACUCGCUUUCUCUCAAACUUUCACCCUCUCACUCGACGCGAGCUAAUGGACUACUAAAGGAGACUUUUACCAAGAAUCCAAGAGCAACUUUAACCCUCGCAGUCUGACGUGCCGCUCCGCUCGCAUCAACCCACGCCUCACCAGAAGCAGCAGCCAUGGGCAAACAGAACAGCAAGCUCCGUCCCGACGUCAUGCAGGACCUGGUGGAGAACACGGACUUCACCGAGCACGAGAUCACAGAGUGGUACAAGGGCUUCCUGCGGGACUGCCCCAGCGGGGCGCUCUCCAUGGAGGAGUUCAAGAAGAUCUACGCCAACUUCUUCCCCUACGGAGACGCCUCCAAGUUUGCAGAACACGUUUUCCGCACGUUUGACGCCAACGGAGACGGGACUAUAGACUUCAGAGAGUUCAUCAUCGCCCUCAGCGUCACCUCCCGCGGCCGGUUAGACCAGAAGCUGAAGUGGGCGUUCAGUAUGUACGACCUGGACGGGAACGGCUACAUCAGCCGGGCGGAGAUGCUGGAAAUUGUAACGGCCAUUUACAAGAUGGUUUCUUCCGUGAUGAAGAUGCCCGAGGACGAGUCCACACCAGAGAAACGCACAGAUAAGAUCUUCAGGCAAAUGGACUCAAAUCGAGAUGGUAAACUGUCCCUGGAGGAGUUUGUGGAGGGAGCAAAGAACGACCCCUCCAUCGUGCGACUGCUGCAGUGUGAUCCCAGCAGCGCUGGACAGUAAAAACCAAACACUGGACUUUUCCCUCAGAAAUGAAUUGAUCUUCAAAAUCUGGAUCCACAUGAGAUUUCUUUCCUUUAAACAUUUCAUAACUUGACAUUUAGAGACUUCCAGCUGUACAUUUGACAACUAUUGAAGUCUUAUGCAUAUGUGUAUAUAUAUAUGUAUGUAUGUAUUUAUAUAUACAUAUAUAUAAAUAUACCCUUCAUACGCACACAUCUACACUGUCAUGCACCUCUACACUUCGUCGAAGGCUCCACACAGAAAUGGGUCUCAUACGUGGUACAAAUAUGAGUGGAAGGAUUAAGAUCCCAUCAAAGACUUUAAAACGAGAGCUGCUCUGGCUGAGACUCCGGCCGGCGAGGACGCUCUAGCUCACUAAUGUGGUACACCGAGCUGAAUCCAAGUUUGCUUGUUUUUAUUUCCUUUUUAUAUUUUUUGGAAACGUGAUUCCUGAUUUAAAGGGAGUUGUGUUUUCUUGGUGACCGACUCGGGUUGAGUGACGAGGGACAGAUCUUUUAUUAAGUGUUGCAGCGUUGACUCCGCGUGGAGGCCCGGGGAGACGCCGGGGCCGAAGCGUGAGAGUCCGGGACUAGAGUGCUCUCGGCCUGCAGUAUCGCUGUUGUAGACAAAAGAUCUGGAAACUCUAGUUUUUGACCAUAGAGCCGUUUUUUUGUUCUUUCAAGUUUUUAUUUUGUAUGUUACAAACGAACCAAAACUGACUGGGAUUUUUAAAUGAAGGGGAAUAAUCUCGACUGCAGAUCAAACGCAUCUGCUCUUCUGAAAGUGACUUAUGCCGAGUUUUGUGUCGACACACGAACGUACUCGUCCCACAAACAUGUAUUUCCACUGAGCUGUGAUACUUGUGGGCUAACGGGCGUACAGGAAAAAAGAUAGACGUUUAUUGAAUAUAUAUAGUAUGUACUUAUAUAUUCUUUUAUUCUGAGGUAACAUUGUGGCGUUUUGCUGCAAUAGAAGAGAUUCACUUUGAAAUUUUGAUGUAUAAAUUAUUGAAAUGUGAUGACAAACAUUUUAAUUUCUUUUACUUGACAAAUAUGAAAGAAAAAAAGGUUGUACAAAAUAUUCACUUGUAUUUAUGUUAGAUAUGUUUCAAAAAAAAAGAAAAGGAGGAGGAGAGGACCACACACUUUGCUAUGCAGGCGCUUUGCUCCUGGUUUCAUUAUUGGCUGAUUUAAGGAACAUGCUAAACCUUUAGAGGUCAGUAAGUUUGACCUAUUUUUUUUACAUUUCAAAUUAAGGAUACAAGAACAAUCUAAAACUCCUGUGCACGUGAAGUUUCCUGUAUGUGCACAUUCUUAAUAUUUGACUGACUGUGGGAUUCAUGUGCAUUUCCGUGGCUUUGAUUCACAGUAACGCGUUUGAAUGACAAGACGACGGUGGCAAACAUCUGGUAUUUUUUUGAUCACUCUUCACACGUCUGAGUCCCUGCUGAUCUCAGAACAGCAGCUUUUCAAAUGUGACUUUGGGUGAAACAACAAACUCAUGACGUGAUUGAUUUCUCUGAGAUGCUGCACAUCAGUCCCCCCCCCCCCCCGCCCCGUUUCCAUAGCAUCUUGUGGUCAAGUGCCAAAUAUAGAUGAAUUACCUAAAAGAAGACAGUAUUGUAUCCGCUGUUACCUGCUGAACAAAGAAACCACAAAAACAAAAAACUUUCACUGUAUCAUUUUGUAGAUUUUGUAUUGUUAAUUUGCAUUAAGUGUUCUGUGUAGGAUGUCCGUUUUGUUAUUCAAAUAAAGACAAAAUGGGAGACUG